UUCAACAAAAGUCGAGCAAAAAACUAGACAUAUGUUGGAGUAAAUCAUAUUUUAUUAUUCAAACAACAUUUGUGAAUUUUGAUACCUUUCACCUCGGUUUAUUCGUUUGAAAUUUUAAUUAGUUAUAAAAUAUUUUUAUGUUGUAGAAUAAUUACUGGGUUGGGUUUUUAAUUAAAAAUAUCGCCAACCCAACCCAAUUAGAAACAAACCGUAGGGUUUAAAUUUUUUUGGGUGAGUUUGGGUUUAAUAUUUCUCAAAUAGUAGUGCAUGAAUAGGGUGAUUAAAAUGACUAAACCCGGACUACCCGACCCAUGUACACCCCUAGAAUGAUCGACUACAAAAACUGAAAAAGUGGGGCAAAGGGCUACCGUCGGUCGCCGGAGGGACGCCGACAGCAGCCCCCAUGGCUGCUUGGGGAGGAAGGGUGCUGCUAAUGUCAUAACAGAGAGAUGCAUAUUAAUAGUAUGCUCAAUUGUAGUUUCAACACAUUUUACCCGAUUAUAUAUAUGAAUUAGUGUUGUAAACGAGCCAAACCCAAGGCAUGACAUGUUCAGCUUGAUAGGAUCGAGAACAACCUCAGAAGCCUUUAAGUGACUUAGUCUACUAUACUAAAGAGGAUGAGAUGUUGGUGUAUUGUGAGCUGAGUUUGAGCUCGAGCUAUAAUCGACAUUUUACUAGUUGAACUCGAUUCUUGCUCGUUAAACUCAUUUGGUUAGCCGACCUCGAGUAAAGCUUCCCCCCCCCCCCCCCCUUCAAAUGAGCGUGUUUGAGCUUGUCUAUUAAAGCUUGUGUCAAACUCGAGUUGGUUGAAUUAUUUUAACGAGAUGAAUACGAACAAUGGUAAAGCUUGCCAAUUAAGAAUGGUCUGGUCUAGAUCGUGAUUUACCGGACCUAACCAACUUCCCAAUAUGUAUUACAGCCCACUCGAUUACACUCCCAGUUUCCCAAACGGGACCCAACUCUCAACCAUAAUUUUGAUAAUCUCGUCCCUCAUCAUUCAUAACCACAUUUCACCAAGCGAGUAGAGACAAUCGUAUCUCCAUAUGCCAUACUAUUAAUGUUAAUGACGUUAAUUGUGCAAGUUGAGAUCCUUUGUAUCUUUGUUAUUUAUUGAGAUUUAGGGGGUAAAAAAUAUUCAUGAAUGUUAGAAUUUAUGUUUUAAGGCAAAAACAAAAUUUUCUCAGUUAUUGGUUCAAAUAUUGUUGACUACCCAAAUUAUUUCUUUUUUUAUUCAAUGUGAUCAGAUCGUACUAUACUAGACCGCGCAGACGUAAUCACAUCUGAACUGUAUAUUAUGUGAUAUGAUCUAUAAUCUAUCUAGCAUCUCGAUAUGAACCAUAAAUCAUAUAUGAUUCGACCCAGACCAUAUAGCUCGGUUUCCCGGCCUAGAUUCAACAUCAAAUAAAAUAGGGUUAUAGGUAUAAUAUGCCCCUCUACUAUGACGUUUUAUCAAACAUGCCCCUCUACUAUUUUUUACAUCAAACAUACCCUUGUACUUUGGAAAACUUAUCAAACAUGCCCUUUUGUUAAAAUUUUCAUCUAAAAGCUGUUAACCAAGACCGAACUUUGGUUUGGGCGAACCAAAUAUCUAAAAUAUCCCUAAUAAUUUCACUUUAAAGUUUUUUUUUGUUCUUUUGUAUAGCCAAAUAAUUCUAAUAAUUUCACUUUGAUGAGACCUAGAGAAAUAAAACAAGGGUCAAAACUGACAUUUCCCCUCCCAUUUAUCGAUGCCAGGUCGUCUAAACCUCGGUUCAACCAUGAUUGCCGAUUUUUUCGAUAGAAAUUUCAACUGAAGGGCAUGUUUGAUAGUUUUUCCAAAUUACAGGGGCAUGUUUGAUGUAAAAAAUAGUAAAGGGGCAUGUUUGAUAAAACGUCAUAGUAGAGGAGAAUAUUAUACCUGUAACCCAAUAAAAUAAAAACAUUAGAAAUAAAUCCUGGGGAGAAUUGAUAACUACUGUGCGUCAUAAAAACAGAACAGAGCAGCUAAUGUCGUCGAAGAUAUAGAUAGACAGUGCGCUAACUGCGGCUAAGCAUCAUCUCUGUAAGAGUGAAGCUCGUAAAACCUAUCUAUACCUAUCUACAUUACUAAUUUGGGGACCAACAAUCAGUCAUAAAACAAUAUUGUAUUACAUUUUGUUGGCAGAGUAGAUAAGCAUGCAACUGCCUGACUAAUUGUAUAUUUUUUCUUACAUGGAAAAUUUGAUUUCAAACUUGGAAGGGUACAAAGUGGAAAACUCAAAGAAAAGUCAAAUACAAUCAAUAAUAAAAAGUUUGUAAAAAAAAAUCAAUAAUAGUAAAAAGCUCAUUCACGAGAUUCAUAAAGUGUUCAAAUCAUAAACACAGGCACAGCGGGAAAAAUAACAAACUGAGCCAUAGACAAUGGCUCAGUUUGGCCCUGUUGUAGUUUUUGCAGAAACAGUUUCUAGUUUAAAAUUUUAAAGAAGUACUUUUCAAAAAAACCAGUUGAGUGUUUGGCUAAAAAACUAUUAAAAGUGCUUUUUAAUAUGAAAGGUUGUGUAAAAUGACUUAUAAUAUAAACUAUGAAUAAUAAUUCUAAACAAUUAAAUGUAGUCAAAAUGGAUCUUGUUAGACUUCUUUUAUAUUAAAUAAUAUAUUUUUUUAUUUUUUAAAAUGAUAUAAAUGAAAGAAAAUUAUAUUUUCUGAAAUAAAAUUAAAAUAUGGUAAGGAUAAUCUUAUAUUUUCAAAACGGUUUUUCGCAGAAGCUCCAAAUCGAAGCUGCUGCUUUUAUGUUAUACAAAAUCGUUUUUCGGCUUUCCAAAAGCCGAGCUUUUAGAGGUGUUUGGCCCUACUUCAGCUUUUGAAGCCGAAAACACUUCUAUAAGCCGGGCCAAACAUAGGCAAUAAAGGUAAAUACUAAUUAUUAAUCAAAUCUUUCACGCAUUCUUUUUUAGGGCUAAUACCACUAAAACACUCGAACUAUCAAUAAAAUGUCACUUAUAUUAAAAUUAAAUUUUGAAAAUAAAAAUGACAAAUUUUAAAUUCAAGAACAUUACUAAAAAAAUAUUAUAAAAACUCAGCGGUUAACAGCAAAGCAAAUAUUCCCAAUUAUUUCCAAAGUUUGUCUCGCAUUUCACCACAUUAUUCACUUCAGAGGGCUCGCCAACUGGUAUAGCAGCAGCAUUGGACUCUUUACAGUUCGAUGGAAGGGUCACUCCUUCUAUGAAUUCGUCACUCCUAGCGCAUGUGACCUCCUCUAUUAUUAAGAAUAUGGUGUUCCAAAUCGGCUCCUCCAAAGCUCCAGGAUCGGAUGGGUUCACCGCCCUUUUCUUUCAACAAUAUUGGGAUGUCGUUGGUCAUGAUGUUUGCGUUGCAGUGCAAUCAUUUUUUCGCUCCGGCCAUCUACUGCGAGCUUUCAAUCAUACUUGGUUGACACUCAUCCCCAAAGUUCCGAAUGUGGAGUCGUGUGCUCAACUUCGACCAAUUGGUCUCUGUCAGGUUUUUUAUAAGAUUAUUUCUAAAAUCUUGGCCACCCGUCUCGGCGACAUUUUGCCAAAGGUUAUUUCUACUUACCAAAAUGGGUUCAUCAAGGAUCGUUCGAUUGUUGAUAACGUGAUCAUUAGUGAGGAGGUUAUGAAUUAUCUCACAAAUAAACAUGGUGGUAAGGAGCGUUUUAUGGCACUCAAACUGGACAUGGAAAAUGCGUAUGAUCGCAUUGAGUGGCCUUACCUCUUUCGGGUAAUGGAGAAAUUGGGUUUUGAUCCUCGUCUCAUUGCUUUGGUUCAUACCUGUCUAUCUACAACGACAUUUUCCGUUCUCCUUAACGGCAGCUCUUAUGGCUAUUUCCACCCCUCCCGUGGUCUCCGUCAAGGUGACCCUUUAUCACCAUUGUUGCUCUUACUGUAGGGUUGUCGGCAUUGUUGACUCAAUCGCUUCAGCGAAGUGACUUAAAAGGCAUUCUCUUUAAUCAUCAUUGCCCCAUUCUCUAUCACUUAUUUUUCUUCGAGUUUCAGACCGUGAUUGUCUUUACUUACUGGAUGUCUUGAGACGGUAUGAAUUUAAGAGUGGUCAGCAGGUAAAUAUGUCUAAAUCUGCGGUGGUCUUCUCUAAGAACACACUCCCAUAAGAGGCUUCUCCUUAUGGCGCCUUAUUGGGUUGGUGCGAUUGUGCUAAGGAUAGAUACCUUGGGCUGCCAUCCUUAAUUCGUCGUUCUAAAAGAAGUAUUUUCCGUUUCAUUGAGGAGGCUGUGUCCAAGAAAUUACAAGGAUGGAAACGACGAUGCUUGUCACCUGCUGGUCUUGAGACAUUGAUUAAGUCUGUGGUCUCUGCUUUGCCGGUCUAUGCUAUUUCUAGCUUUUGGCUUCCAAAAGGGUUAUGUGGUCUCUCAAUCGCAUGAUUGCGCGGUUUUGGUGGGGUCAACAGGGUACAAAAUGCCGACUACCAUGGGUCUCUUGGCUGCAUUUGUGUCUGUCUAAAUCUGAAGGUGGACUGGGCGUCCGGGAUUUUGAAGCUUUUAAUUAGGAUUUGCUUGCAAAACAGUGUUGGCGUAUUCUGACGGAGCCGGAUUCUUUGGUAGCUAAGGUGCUUAAAGGUCGUUAUUUUCACCAGACUUCUUUUCUAAAUGCGCGACAGGGUUCUAAUUCUUCUUGGGCAUGGAAAUCUUUGCUACAUGGUCGGGACUUGCUUGUCAAAGGCUUGCGGUGGGAAGUUAGUUCUGGCACCUCCAUCGAUGCGAUGACAGAUCCGUGGGUCCCCUCUUUGUCGUCACUCAAACCAUCUUUGUUAUCAUCGUCAUCCGAUUCCUCUCGGUCUGUCUUUAAUUUAUAUCUCCUCUUUCGGGGGCCUGGAAUAUUCAACGUUUGCGCCAAUUCUUUACAAAUGACUCGAUUUCCGAAAUCUUAAACAUUCCGCUUCCGCUGACCCCGGGUUUGGACCGUUACAUUUGGCAUUAUCAAUCCGAUGGCCUGUUCUCCGUCAAAUAUGCUUACCGACUGACAAUGGCCGCAAAACCGCCUCCAAAAACAGCAAAAGUCUCAUCGACCUCUCCGGUGGAUCCAAAAUUGUGGCCGAAAUUAUGGGGACUGCCACUUUCCCCUAAGCUCAGAUUUUUUCUAUGGCGUAUUAUUUUGCGGAUUCUGCCUAUCCGGGAAGACCUAAAUCGCCAUGGUCUACAAGUUGGCGACUUGUGCCCAAUUUGUGAGUCCACAGAAGGUGAAUCAGUCGAGCAUUGAUUUAUUCGAUGUCCGGUGGCAGUUGCUAUGCGUAAUUUGGUAGGGCUCCAUUUGCCUCCUGGUCUUCUUCCCACCACCCACCUCUCGUUGUUUUGGCGGCAUCUCAUAUUCACUGCGGAUAUCCACUCUAUUACUUCCUGGGUACUCUUAUUUUGGCGACUUUGGAAAAGUCGCAACAAUGUUGUUCCUCCCCCACUCUCAGUUUACCAUCGCCUGCCUUCAUCAUCAAUUACUGUCACACCAGGCCGAUCAUCAAAUUGCCGUCCAACCACUAUUUUCGGCCCAGGCACCACCACCUCGACGACUCCGUGCUCCCCAAUUGAGUUCCGGAUUUCGGAUUGCUGUGGACGGCGCGACAUCAUCUCCCACUCAUGGUUCAGUUGGUAUUGCUGGCUUUGUUGGCGGCCAGGAUGCUUUUGGUUUUGGGUGCGCUCUACCAGGUAGUUGAUUCUACUACUGUGGAAUUAUUGGCGGUCCGUUAUGCUUUACUCCUCCUUUCCCGUUGGGGAUGGUAUGCUCAUCAUGUUUAGAUUACUGGAGAUGCACAAGCUGUGUUGGAGCGGUUAGGGUCUAGCAAUCCACAUGAUGCUCAGUGCGGCGUAAUAUAUCGUGAAGUGUUAU